UUCCCAUGGCGAAGCUGACCGGCCUGAGAUUGGAGUUGCCAUAGAAAGGCACACUUGUUCCCCUUGCCUGACUAAUAAAAUGUUAAUGACGUGUGGUGUUUUGCUGUGACAUGACUGUGCCCGGGCACCACUGACACUUGGUACAUUCUCCUCACACACUCAUAUAUGACCCUUUCUCACUGGCUUCAUUUCUAUGGAUUCCACAACUGACCAGGGCUGCUGGGGCUUCUUCCUUGGACUAAAGGCAUACAGAAGAAAGAAACAAGAGAUGGCAAAUCUCUUAGAGAAUUUUGCUGCCCAUCACUCAAUGACGGCUGGGGCAAAGAAGAAGGCUGACCACCAAGAUACUUCAGUGUCGCAGGACAGUGGCUACAGUGACUCUCUAAAGGGAUUCAGCCCAGACUCUCAUAAAAGUGGUAAUUUCUUGGAAACCGUGACAGAAGGGUAUGAAAAUUCAGAAAAUAUAGAUCCCACCUUGAUACUGUCUCCAAUAAAAUAUGAACUCUCUUGGGGAGCAGACACAAGGGAAUCCAAGCAGCUUGCUCCACUUUAUGAAACCCCUCGAGUUGGGAAGAAGGAAUUCUCACUUCGCAGAAGGCUGCUCAUUUCUAAAGCUACCUCGGGAGGAAAUUUAGAUUUUGAUGUGUCUGUGUGUUCAGCAGAAAGUUGUGGCCGGGAAAAGUCCCUUCGGCGUAUACCAAGUCAUGAGGGAAGCCUUUCCAAUAGCUUUGCAGAUUCCCCAAGAGACGGCAGCUAUGAGCCAAUAGCCACCAGCACUUUAAAGACAGAGUCUGAAUCUGGAACAUCUUGCAAAAAAUGGAGACUAUCUUUUGCUCAGCAGAGGAGUUCCACCUUGGAUGAUUCUAAAAGUGACAGUAUUCCUUUACCAGAAGUGGAAAAUAUAUCUCCGGUUCAGCAUUCAUUGGCUAGUUCAACUGAUGACAGUAUACUGUAUGAAGAGACGAUAUUCGGAGCACCAACAACCCCAACUUGUAAUUUUAUUGUCAAAGAAGAGUUCCAGACUCCUAUUAGUAACCUUGCAGCAAAUUUUAGAUUUAAUUUAUGCACUCCCGAUGUUGGCCAUGUCAGUGACUUUGAUAUCUCUGUAACUGAGGACAGCGCAUUUCACUCUCUUAGCCUGGAUAAGUCACAAGAUUCCAUCACUGAUCACGAGGGUUCUUUUCAAGAACUAAUUCAAAAACCCAGAGAAACCUCCAAAGCCGUUAACAAUAAAAGUCGCCUCCGCAAAUUAGAUCGGUGUAGGAGACUAUCCACCCUUCGAGAGCGUGGAUCUCAGUCCGAAGUAGAGGAAGAAGGAAAUGAGGUUCCUGUGCUAAGUUCUGCUUAUAAGUUAAAGGUUGCAAGAGCGUCGGUCGAUGAAGAAAAUGAAUUCAGCUCAGAUGAAAGCAGAGUCCAUUCUCUCUUAAGCAGCGAUGACUUAACAGGAAAACCUGCUCUCCGUGUUCUCCAUGAAAUGCUGUUAAGAAGCACACGGAAAAGGCCCCAACAGGCCACCGUGCAGGAUCUCCUGGGUAGUUCGGGUUGUUUUGAAUUACCAGAGGAUUCUCUUUCAAGACUUAUUGGUAGGAAAAUGGGUUUGGAGACAUUUGAUAUUUUAGCUGAGCUGAAAAACAGAAAUUUAAAGCAUAUACUUGCAUCAAUUUUGGACCUCGUGAACGCUGCAAGUAUUUGCAGUAUGUGUAGAGUUAGCAGAGAUUGGCGUGAUGUUGUUCUCCAAGAUAAGAGUGCACAUCAGAGAAGGAAAGCAUACAUAAAAAAACUGAAAACUGAAGCUGAGCAAGGACGGCAGCUAUCCUUUGAAGACUCUGCAACCAGACUAAAUAUUUUAAGUCGAUCAGCUCUAAGAUCUGUCCAGAUUCAAGCUAGGAGUGCAUUUCGGACACCGACCUCCUCCUUGACUCCAGGAGAUAACAAAUCCAUCCAUUCAGCAAGCAAACACCAAGAAUAUCUUAAGGUUGCCAAAACUCUGUUUACGGAUGAAGCUUUAAAACCAUGUCCACGGUGCCAGUACCCUGCAAAAUAUCAAGCACUAAAGAAAAGAGGGACUUGCAGCAGAAAAGACUGUGGCUUUGAUUUCUGCAGCCUCUGUCUGUGCACUUUCCAUGGCUCAAAGGAAUGCGGCACUGGAUCAGCAAAGAGGAUCCCUAAAAAAGAGGCGCUUCCUGGAAGUGCCCAAAGCAAAAGGAAUUUGAAGAGACUUUGAAGCUAGUCUUCCUGCCAGAUACCCAUUUUAUUUAUAUAUAUAUAUAUAUAUAUUUAUUUUUUAGGGGUUUAUGGGUGGGGCUUUGGGGGUGUGUAUGAUCCGAAGCUUUAUAAAUGUAGAUUCUGUGGUUUGUUUAAAGAUUGCAGUACACUCGCAUAUUUAAACACUUUGGUGCAAUUUAGGGUGAAAAUAAAAUUUGGAAUGCAAUGUACACUUUGCAACCAUAGCACUUAAUGCCAGUAUCUUGCACCUGAUGUUUGUGUAUUUGUGACUGAGCUGUGAUGUUUGAAAUGUCCCACAGAUUUUAUGUGUAUAUACAUUCAUUUGUUCAAUGUUGCCAUGUCUCUUGCUUGUUUUAGAUUUUUCUUUUAUAACAUGAUGAAGUAUGUCGUCUACCUAUUUAGCUGCAUUUUUAAUAAAAUAUUUUAGAAUAAA